AGAUCUAAGCCAGCUGCCCUGAUUCAAGCACUUCAUUGCAAGAGGAGUGGAAGCGAGGUGGGGGCCGGGGGGGCGCACAUACUAACAGUGUGCUCAAACUGCACUGGCGAAGCAGUCGCCAGCUCUGAAGGAAGAACUACGGACCGGCAGCUGGACGCCGGACUUUAGACGCGUGCUGUCGGCUCGAGGCCUUCAGGUUUAGGAGUCCUUCUGCCUCAGGACUCCGAGGGCGGGUCGCCGGCCCUGAGCAGCGGGUGAGGGGGGCGGUGGGACGCUCCGUGGGGAUUACCGUGCAAGACUCUGUGGAGGAGGGGAGGAGGAGGAGGCCCGGCGGCAGUGGGUGGGAGGUGGUGGGAGGCCACGGCGGGUUCUCCUGCGCCGCUCCAGAGGGAGACGAGGCAGUCGCCGGGGAAGCGGGCAGCGAGGAGGAUAAUGGCCACGGCAGGCUUCGCGACGCUUCCCUCCACGCCCGAAGACGGCGGCAGCGGCGGCUUCACCCCCGGGGGAUUCAAGGAUCCCAAGAGGCUGUACUGCAAAAACGGGGGCUUCUUCUUGAGGAUCAGGUCCGACGGAGGUGUAGAUGGAAUCAGGGAGAAGAGCGACGCCCACAUAAAGCUCCAAAUCCAGGCGACGUCGGUGGGGGAGGUGGUCAUCAAAGGAGUCUGUGCCAACCGCUAUCUGGCCAUGAACAGAGACGGCCGGCUGUUCGGAGUGAGACGGGCGACGGACGAAUGCUACUUCCUGGAGCGGCUGGAGAGUAACAACUACAACACCUACCGCUCCAGGAAGUACCCCGGCAUGUACGUGGCUCUGAAGCGGACCGGCCAGUACAAGUCCGGGAGCAAAACCGGACCCGGUCAAAAGGCCAUUCUGUUCCUCCCCAUGUCGGCUAAGUGCUAAUCGGAUCGAGUCGAUGCCAACGAAGAAGACGAAGAGCUCCAUCGAAUGCGUCUGCUCUCCUUCAGCUUCUACCGGCAAACAGUGCAGCGCAUUCACACCCGGCUGCUUCCCAGUGAAAGAAAGAAACAAAUAAAAAUAAAAAACAAGCUUUUCCUGCCGACUGGCCAUUUGCGACGCUGCUACGGCGUUUGUCUGACCCGUACGGGUCGUCCCUCUCUGGCCGAGGGAUUGAAACCAGCGACCUGUCGAUAACGCUUCUGCCUGACUGGACGCUGCAGGACGUUGGCCGCGCGCCGGAAUAUUCUGUUGAAACGUGAAGGGCUGUUUCGGCGUGACGGACUUUUAGAAUUGUGUGAUAGAACACGGUUUGACGGAACAAACCGAGCAAACUAAACCGACUAAAACCCAAGAAGCACUGAUUACACUUCAUAGCUAGUCCACGGGUGACCUGAGCUCGUCCCGACGCACGUAGACCAGAUAAACAUCAUAGAAGGCACUUGACCUUAAAAGAAAAGGUGAUUUUGACCUCCAACCAGCCAUUUUGGAGGCCCGUAGUGAAUAUUGCUACUCGCCACUGACUGGUUGUCCGCUCGUGUCAAACCAAACAAAAGAAAAGUGCUUCUGGCAGCCAGUGCCGUCCAACAGAUUUGGACUUCCAACAUGGCCGCCAAUUAAUUUUUUUUGUUAAUUAACCGUAUGAAACGCAAAAAAAAGAUUGGCACCAUAUUUCUUCAGAGCUUCCAGCUGGCGCUGAAGAAAAAAAAAA